AUGGUUAGACCAGCGUUCAACAAGUCCGAUGCCUCAUGUCCAUAUAACUUCUUUAUCACUGGGGACACAAAGAACCCUGCACGCAAUCGACUAUCUUCAUCUAUCAAACCAGACCUCAACCACCAACAUGCAGUCGAUGGUUCACAUGGGAAGAGAAUCCGUCGUUCAUUUGGACUUGCUCCUUUCGCUAGCGACCAUGACCCCUCUGGGGGCCGUUUGGAGCUCGAGCAUGGACAUCCCUCCUGCAUUCCUGAUGACAUAAACCAUGGCUACCAUCCUUUCCGUGCCAACCUUCUUCAGGACCUCACCAGUGACUACGAUGCAGAACAAUCUGAAAUGAAUUUUGCGCGGAGCCUACCAUCAAGAUCCCCCCAAGGUGUAAGUUUGCAGGGGAAAAGGGCACGAGAUAUUUUCAACUUGACGCGAGAUUCAAUGUGGAUCCAGGGUGAGCGGAACUUAAGGAACUUAGACCUAGAUGGGAGCUUAGAGACGGUGGCAGGGUGGAAUGUUUCUGGUGACACGUCAAGCGCUUGUAGCUAAAUCCGUUAGUCCGUUAUAACUCCGUUAGUUCAGACCUGACGGACCGAGACACCCAGUCCGGACCCAAUCUGACUCAGAGUCCCCGUGACCACGAGUCUGACUUGGUCUUG